AUGAAUCGGUUGCGGCGUACGUUCCUCAAGCUGCAUCUCGGUUUGGGAGCAGAUAGCAAGAAGUUGAUGAGAGAACACCCUGCUGCUGGUGAUUACGAAGAAAAGAGGAUUGACAAGAAGCUACCGGGAACACGAGAGCUUGGCUGUCAUGGAUCUCUCGCAGAAUGGGGGCAUGCUGUGGACUCACUGUACGCUGUCCGAAGGCUAACGGAUAGUUUCUCGGAAGACAAGUUGAUUGAGUUUUACAACUGGGCAAGCAGUGCGAAUCAUUCAUCGCUGGCCGCAGGUCUCAACGAGAUUUACAUGUACCGAAUGGCACCUGCAGCUUUGCGUAUCGGGUGGAGAGAUGACACCAAGUCAACGUACUGGAGUACUGGCUACCAUCACGUUCACAACAUUGAUGCCAUUGUAAAGCUGGCCCCUACAUCCGGCAAGACCGGCACGGUGGCAUAUCUGGACGUGGUGGCCAACACCUCGCACGUUGUCGACGCCGAGAAACUGCGUGAGUUGAACGAGAUUUUCUGCCAGGGUAGCGAGACUACUGGUGGAACUCCGGUGUAUGUCGCGCUCUGCCCAAAUGAAAGCGCUUGCAAGACGUUGAGUUUGAAACCACACGACCAGGUUGUUGCAGCGCAGACAAUGUGCCGUGUUUGUGUUGGCUACUGCCCAACUCUUCUGGCUACCAGCAUGCCACCAUCGCGAGAAAAACGUUCUCCUUCGGAAUCCGAACUAUGCUCUGAGCCAAGAAAACAACAAAAGACCUCAGGGUUUUGCGCCGCCUGGACGAGAACCGCGUUAGCCAACGGUGCUUUUGAUUCUAAUUAUGCGUUUCAUGGCAACAACGCGACGCAUUCGGAGCAUGUUCGAGCACUUUGGUGA